AAUGCCCUGGGUUCUAUCCCCAGUACCAAAAAAAAAAUAGUCCAGCUCCACCCUGGGUGAGAAAUACUGCCCAUCCCAGGCCCUGGCUGUGAGGGAGGGGCAGAAGUCUGGCCAAGAUGCAGCUCCCAUAGCUGGGCUCUGCACCUGGGUGGCUGGCAGUCCACCAGCCCCUGCCCCUUUAUUGCAACAACCCUUCUCUGGUCCUCCAGCAGACUCCUACCAGGGCCUCUGAAGGAAAAGUAGGCCACCAAGUGGAUUUCUGCUUCCCAAGGAGCUGUCUCUCUCCCACUGAUGGCUGCCCCACCUCUCCCAUGGCUGGGGCAGGAGCCAAGCAGCGCACACUCGGCUCUCAGCAGCCUCUGUCCAAAGACCCUGUCCCCAGCUUCCCUACUGUUACCCCUUAGAGUUGUCUCUCCCCUUGUGGGAGCCCAGGCUGAGGGCAGACACCCAACCUGUCCAACCUGUCUGACGUCACCCUCUCUCCACCCACCUGGGCCCCAGGUCUCCAGCGCCCGCUCUUCCUGUUCUCAGCUUCCGUCUUCUCGGUUUCCACCCUGCACCCCACCUGCCAGAACCCAGCCUCCUGGACCUGGCUGGCUUUGAGUCGGUCCUCAGUCCUUUUGGCUGUAGAAACCAUCCUGCCCCCAAUGAGAAGAGAAGUGGGUCCAGGUCUCUUGAGAGCUGAGCGUUCAGGGCAUUGAGCUGACGCACACACUGUGACCUCUGCCACCGAAGACAUCUGCACCUUCCAUGCGGAGCCGAGAUGGGGAAUGGGACUGAGGAAGAUUAUAACUUUGUUUUCAAAGUGGUGCUGAUCGGCGAGUCAGGUGUGGGGAAGACCAACCUGCUGUCCCGAUUCACGCGCAACGAGUUCAAUCACGACAGCCGGACCACCAUCGGGGUGGAGUUCUCCACGCGCACGGUCAUGUUGGGCACCGCAGCUGUCAAGGCUCAGAUCUGGGACACAGCUGGCCUGGAGCGAUACCGAGCCAUCACCUCGGCGUACUAUCGUGGAGCAGUGGGGGCCCUGCUGGUGUUCGACCUGACCAAGCACCAGACCUAUGCUGUCGUGGAGCGCUGGCUGAAGGAGCUCUAUGACCAUGCUGAGGCCACUAUUGUUGUCAUGCUUGUGGGGAACAAAAGUGACCUCAGCCAGGCCCGGGAAGUGCCCACUGAUGAGGCCCGCAUGUUCGCUGAAAACAAUGGGCUGCUAUUCCUGGAGACCUCAGCCCUGGACUCCACCAAUGUCGAACUGGCCUUUGAGACUGUCCUCAAAGAGAUCUUUGCCAAGGUGUCCAAGCAGAGGCAGAAUAGCACCCGGACCAAUGCCAUCACCCUGGGCAGUGCCCAGGCUGGGCAGGAGCCUGGCCCUGGGCAGAAGAGGGCCUGUUGCAUCAGCCUCUGACCUUGGCCAUGACCAACCCUGCCCGCCACCCCCAUGCUUCCUGAAGCUCCCCACCCCACCCCCAUUGCAGGACUUUCUCUGCCCUUUGGUUCCCUGUUCACAGCCCCCCAGAGCCCUGGGGUCCUCAUGCCCCUCUGUGCGUAUCUUUAUGAACUAUCUACCCCCACACAGGCUAGGACCCUCAAAUAAAGCUGUUUUGUAUCAAU